GCCAUGACUGCUCCUCUCAUCGGUCUGGACACGUUUUAACACCAAUAUCUGCAAAAAUGGGAUGACAAAGAACUACCCCCCAUCAUUAGCUGUGUCAUUUUACUUGUCUGCUUGAAUUCCUAAUUAUUCGUGUUUGCCCCCACCCCCUGGACGGUGCCCCAGGCACUCUGGGGUGUAUAAAAGGUCCGAGGGCUCCACAGGGCUCCAUCCAGCUCUCCCCACUUGACUCUGCUCAUUGAUCGCUGUGGUGAGUCCGAGCCUUCCCUGCGUCCUCCCUUGCUCCUCUCGCCUUGCCCAGGGAACCUUUGCCGAGCAUUUCCCGAGGGGUCUCUGUGCCCGCGCUGCCGCGGCUGUGCCAGGGCAGGCUUGGGGGGCUCGGGGUUCCACCCGCGGGCUCCAGGCCUCGGGAGCCUGGCGCUUGGGUGAGGGAGUUUUCCUUCAUUGCCACGGGCAGGCAAGAGCCGGGGGUGGUGAGGGCAGCCGGGCAUUGCAGGAGCCGUGCCAGCCGUGCCAGGGCUUCGCUGGGAAGGCCUGGGGUGAUCCCGAGCGAGUCCCGGGCCACGGGGUGCGGGUGGGCGAGAGCAGCGGGGCUUUGGGAGAGUCCUUGGUGUGAGCCGUGGCUGUGCCUUGUCUUGCAGCUCUGCCAGCCAAGCCAAAGGAUGUCCUGCUCCAGCCUGUGCGUCCCCAGCUGCGGGGUGGCCACCCCGGCCCCUCUGGCUGACGCCACCAACGAGCCCUGCGUGCGGCAGUGCCCCGACUCCACGGUGGUCAUCCAGCCCCCGGCCUCGGUGGUCACCUUCCCCGGGCCCAUCCUCAGCUCCUUCCCGCAGCAGAGCCUCGUGGGCUCGGCCGGAGCUCCCUACGUCGGAGGCGGCUUCGGGGGCGCCUUUGGGAGCCGUGGGGGCUCCGGGGCCCUCGGGGGCUAUGGGGGCUUUGGGGGCUACGGAGGUUUUGGGGGUUUCGGGGGCUCUGGGAUCUGUGGCCGCGGUUCCAGGUCCCUGGGGGGCUCCUGUGGGCCCUGCUAAAGCCCGGGCUGAUGCUCUGCCCUGCUCUGCCCAGCUCCGAGCCCCCAACUCGCCCUGGGCAGGGGCAGCCUCUGCGCUGCAGCCCUGGGCUGGGCCUCGCUGCUGCCUUGGGAUUUUCGUGUUUCCAACGCCUUGCUGCUGGUUUGUCUCUCGCUGACACCGCCUGUGGCUUUUUUCAUCCACAAUAAAGAAUCUG